AUGUCAACAAUAAUAAACGUUCAAACAACAGCACAAGCUGAAACAUUAUGUAUUUAUGGAAUAUUUUUAUUUCUAACUGGUUUAUCACAAAUUGGUAUAUCUGUAACACAUCGAUAUUUAAUUGGAACUACCUCAAAAAUAUCAUCACCCUAUUAUUGGUAUGUUUAUCCGGAAUGGUCAGCAUCAUUGACGAUUAUCCCAUUUUUAUGCAGUGUUACCUAUGCAAUAUUCAAACGACGUGUAAUGACAGUACUAAUUUGUUUGGGUUCAUUUAUUAGUUUUAUUUCGUCAUCAGUUUAUAUUGGUUUACUUGUUUUACAUACAAUUGAAUGUUGGCAGUUAUCAUCGAUCAUACCAACACCAACCCCAACUUUAUCACCAAAAAUAACUACGACAACUACUACAAGACCAUUAUUUUUGACAUCUAAAGAACCCACAUUUGAAAAUUUAGCAUUAUUAGUUAUUCUAACAAUGGCUCUUGUUCAAUCAUUAUUAUCCAUUAUAGGCUCUGUUAUAUCAUUUAUUUGGUCACCAUGUUGUACUCAAACAUCAAAAUCACAUCACAGUCACAAACAUGAGGUUUUAUCUACAACACUUCAACGAAACAAUAAUAAUCAGAAACAACAACAACAACAUAAUCAUUAUGCACAUCGUUUUAUAACAACAGAUACCUCAAUGAUAAAUGGUUUUCUACAAAAAAGUCCAUUAAGAACAAAUUAUGAUGAUGUUUAG